UCGGCAGUUCCGACAUUUUCUCAGCUUACAAACAGCGCCAGCGAGACCCUUUCAGUUCUCUUUCUCCUUCUUCAUCUCUCUCCGACCUUGCGAGAGCCGAGCGACACACUACACUCCUCACCAUGUUCCGACGAGCUUCCAGCCUUUUGGCCCGUUCUCUUUUCUCUGCAAGGACUAGAUCCUUCUCCGCCGAUCUGCCGGCGGCCCCUUCCACCGACGAUGCCUUUGUCGCCGCCUGGAAGAAGAUGAUCCCUAAUAUUGAUCCUCCUAAAACUCCUCUCUCUUUCAUGUCUCCUCGACCUGCUACGCCUUCUUCCAUCCCUAGUAAGCUCACCGUCAAUUUCGUGCUUCCCUAUGCCUCCGAGCUCUCGGCCAAAGAGGUUGACAUGGUCAUCAUUCCAGCAACAACUGGGCAAAUGGGUGUUCUUCCUGGUCAUGUUGCUACAAUAGCAGAGUUGAAGCCAGGGGUUCUAUCAGUGCAUGAAGGGAACGACACAAAAAAGUACUUUGUCAGCAGUGGUUUCACAUUCAUCCAUGGAAACUCGUACGCUGACAUAAUCGCUGUUGAAGCUGUACCCGUAGAGCAAAUCGACGCCAGCCAAGUACAGAAGGGUCUUGCUGAAUUCACCCAGAAGUUAAAUUCUGCCUCAACAGACUUGGAGAAAGCCGAAGCCCAAAUCGGCAUCGACGUGCACAGUGCCUUGAACGCUGCCAUUACAGGAUAGUUUCCUCUGCUCGUAAACUGGCCACCCUUCUGUUUAUCUAUUUCCAAUUGUAUGUUCCUCCAUAACACUGCCUCAUUGACAGUUUGAGUCGUCUUCGACCCGACCAUCAUCUUAGGCUUACCUUUCUGCGUUGAGUUUGAAGUCAUUCACAAAUAAUCAUAGUAGGAUGGUUUUUUGCUUGGCCUUGUAGCUGCUCA